UUGAACUGUUUUAAUCCAUAGGGUUUUCAUUGGCUGAUUUUCAGAAGUAAGUCAUGAGGCUUUUCUUCCUAUAAAAUUACAAAAUACUUUAAAUGAUCAUAACGACACAGAUGGUGUGAAAAAAAAAGAACACAUCGUCAACACUUUCCAGAAUAAAUAAAUACUGAUGCUCAGCUAUUGAUCACAUUCACAUAUUUUUUUACUAAAUAAUCAAAUAAUAUGCAAACAGAUGGCAUCAACUUCGUAUUCCUCUCCAUUCCUCAUGUUCUCUGCCCUAGAUGGUGUUUACCUCUGGUGAGGCAGCUACUGCUGUUAUAGGGACCACACAUUUGAUUGUCUUGUAAUCUCAUCUUUUCCAUCAGAUUCAUCAAUAAUAUGGAGCCUAGAAACAGAACAAGUGUUUCAGAAUUCUCUCUCCUGGCACUGACAGAGGAUCCGGAACUGCAGCCCCUCCUCUUUAGCUUGUUUCUGUCCAUAUAUCUGUUCACUGUCCUGGGGAACCUGCUCAUCAUCCUGGCUGUCAGCUCUGAUGCUCACCUCCACACCCCCAUGUAUUUCUUUCUUGCCAAUCUGUCCUUCACUGACAUCUGUUUCAGUACCACCACAAUCCCAAACAUGCUGGUGAAUCUCCAAACACAGAAUCAGAGCAUCACGUAUGCAGGUUGCCUCACCCAGGUCUUUUUUGUCCUGUUUUUUUCUAGUUUGGAAAGCUUUCUCCUGGGAGUAAUGGCCUAUGACCGCUAUGCGGCCAUUUGUCACCCACUGACAUACACAGCCAUCAUGAACCCCCGCCUCUGUGGUCUGCUGAUUCUACUCUCCUUGUCCAUUACCACUGUGGAUGCCUUGAUCCACAGUCUGAUAGUGUUGAACCUGUCUUUCUGCACAGAUUGGGCAAUUCCCUACUUCUUCUGUGAAGUUGUUCAGAUCAUCAAGAUUGCCUGUUCUGAUACCCUCCUCAAUAGCACCUUCUUAUAUUUGGCAGCUACCAUACUGGGUGGUGUUCCCCUCUCUGGAAUCAUUUUCUCUUAUACUCAAAUUGUCUCCUCCAUUUUGAGAAUGUCUUCAGUGGGUGGAAAGUACAAAGCUUUCUCCACCUGUGGGUCUCACCUCUCAGUUGUUUCCUUGUUCUAUGGGACAGGCUUAGGUACAUAUAUUAGUGCUGCAUUUACACACUCUUCCAGGAAGACUGCAGUGGCUUCAAUGAUGUACACUAUGGUCACUCCCAUGAUGAACCCCUUCAUCUACAGCCUGAGAAACAGGGACAUGAAGAGAGCCCUGAGGAACAUUAUCAGGUGCACACCUGCUUUUCAGUGA